GAGCUGCUGGAGCAAUACGGCAGCUUUAUGCUGUCCAUCAUGAAUCGCAGCGUCGAUCCGUGCGAGAAUUUCUACGAGUACGCCUGCGGCAGCUGGAAGCAGUCGCCGCUGCUGCAGCCGGAACAGCGCAACUCCAGCCUGCUCUCGGCCAUACAAAAGGAUAUUGAUGAGCAGGUGCUGCAGCAUCUGAAGAAUGCCACGGAACCGGCCAGAAAUGAGUCCAGGAACGGCGCCGAUUGGAAGGCCAAGCAAUUCUUUGCCAGCUGCGUGCAAAUGAAGUCGAACUUGUCGCUGGGCUAUGCCAGAUUCAUGGCCGGCGGUCAGCUGGAGGAUCGCUAUGCCCAGCCGGGUCAGGCGCAUCAUCAGAACGCCAGCCGCGAGGAUUGGGUUUACGUGAACUUCAUGUCGCCCUACGAGCUGUAUCCGCUGCUGCCGCUCAAGGUGCACUACAGCACGUCGUUGCGCAAGUUCGUCAUUCUGCUGCAGGCGCCCAGCAAAAUGUUGGCCAACUUCAAGCCCGAGCAGCUGCAGAAUAUGACGAGGGAUUUUCAGCUGAACGAAGAGCAGCAACGUCUGGAGUUUCUCGGACGUUUCGAGAAUCUCACGCGUUUCGAACGGAAUCUUACGCAGCUGGCGAAGACGCGCAAUGAAACGGAGCAGCUGACGCUCGGCGAGUUUCUGGCGCGGCACAAGGAGGAGCGUCUGAACUGGACACGUUACUUCGACCUGGCCUUCAAUGGCACACAGCAGUCGCAUUGGCUGGUGCACAACCAGCUGCAGUCUGUCGGGGAUCUGGUGCACUUUCUGGAGCAGCAGCCGCUGCCGCUGCUGCGCUCGUAUGUGCAGCAGCGCCUGCUGCUGAAGUUCUAUGCCACCUGGCAGACGCAGAGUACGCGCAAUGCCAGCAGCCCAACGAAUGCCUGUCGCAUUGUCACCGAAACGUACUUCAACUACGCGCUGCUGCCCUGGUUUAUUGGGCGUCUCUUUGAUGCGGAACGGCGCGCCGAUGUGCUGCAGCUGGCGCGGCACAUCAGGGACACGUUCUAUGAGCUGCUCGAGCAGUACAGCUGGCUGGACGAGGAGACACGGUCGCAGGCUCGAACCAAGCUGGCCUCGAUGGAUGUCCUGGUCGGCUACAGUGAUGAGCUGCAGCAUCCGGAGCUUAUAGAUGCCGCCUAUGCGGAUAUGCAAAUGUCGUCGGAUUGGUUCGAGAAUCUGGCCACAUUGGAGCGCAAUCGGGCGCGCAUACGUCUGCGUUCCGUGGACAAGGCGCUGAUACCGCAGCUGAUGGCCACGCGCACUGUGAACGCCUACUAUGCGGACUUUCUCAAUCAGGCAUUCAUCACGAUCGGAAUGUCCCAGUGGCCCCUCUACCAUGUCCGUCUGCCCGACGUGCUCAAGUUCGCCGGGAUUGGGAAUAUUGUCGGACACGAGAUGGCGCACGGUUUCGACUCGUAUUGCUAUCAGUUCAACUUUGAUGGCAAAAAGAUGAACUGGUGGUCAGCGGGCUCUUUGCGCAACUUUAAGGCACGCUAUCGCUGCCUCGAGUCGCAGUACAAUAAAUAUAUACUGUUGGGCGUCGCUACCAAUGGCACUUUGACCUCCGGCGAUAAUAUUGCCGAUAAUGUCGGCGCUCGCAUGGCCUAUUACGCCUACAAGCGGCAUACUCAGAACAAGGCGUGGCUGGAGAAACCGCUGCUCGGCGUGGACUUUAACAAUCGGCAGUUGUUCUUUCUGAAAUUUGCCCAGACCUGGUGCACCGGCCGGAACACGGCCUCCAAGCUGAGCAAGCUGAAGACGGACGUGCACGCGUACGAGGAGUUUCGGGUCGUGGGCACGCUCAGCAACAUGCCCGAGUUUAGUGAGGCCUUCAAUUGUAAGCUGGGCAGCGACAUGAAUCCACUCAAGAAAUGUGUCGUUUGGUAA